GGCCGAGGCCUGGGGGCGAGCUGGGGUCGUGCAGUACAGCCUCUUUCCGGCAAAUCACGCGAGAUUUCGUUCACCCGGGCUCCACGACGGUCAGUGACGCGCGAGCGGCUGCCGCGACUGAGGCUCCAGAAGCUGCUUCGGGCCCCAGCGGUGAGGGAAAAGACUCUCAACCAGGGUGACUUCCAGGCGUCCUCCCGGAGCUACCGGGGACACUGGCGUUAUUGCCCGGAACACUGAGAUAGGGAAUGCUCGAGAAGCAGAAGCAGGUUUUGGGUUGUUUUUUUUUUUAAUUAUUGGGGGAAAGCAGCCUGAGGUUUUGACGUAAUUGUGUUUGAGGUGCCUCUGGAACUUUCAUUUAACACAGAUUUGUUGAGCACCUACCAUGUGCCGGGCUUAGGGGAUUGGACUCACAUUUUUUUGUGUGUGUAACGGAGUCUCGCUCUGUCUGUCGCCCAGGUUGGAGUGCAGUGGCGCGAUCUCGGCUCACUGCAGCCUCCGCCUCUCGGGUUCAAGCGAUUCUCCUGCCUCAGCCUCCCGAGUAGCUGAGAUUACUACUACGCCCGGAUAAUUUUUUGUAUUUUUGGUAGAGAAGAGAUUUCACUGUGUUAGCUAGGAUGGUCUUGAUCUCCUGACCUCGUGAUCUGCCUGCCUUGGCCUCUCAGAGUGCUGGGAUUGCAGGCGUGAGCCACCGCGCCCGGCCUGGACUCACAUUGAACAAAGCAGACGAGUCCUUAUCCUCUUAGCGCUUACAAGCUGGGCAGUUAGUUUGAAAUUCUGGGCUAGAGACGCAAAUUAUUAUUAUUUCCAUUUAAAGUGGUUGGUAGGAGGAGCCACAGGGCUCAGGGAGGUCCCCGAGAAAGGGAAGAGCAAGAUAGGAAUCUCCACAUGCAAGACUUCGGGAGGGGAAGGAGGAGACUAGAAAACCGGAAGGGGAGGAGAAGACUGGCAGAGAGAUCCAGAAAGACACAUGGAGUAUUUUAUACAGAAAUCUUGUGAAACCACUGCCCAACCAGAGCAAUGAUUGUUCAAAGAGUGGUAUUGAAUUCUCGACCUGGAAAAAAUGGUAAUCCAGUGGCAGAGAAUUUCCGAAUGGAAGAAGUUUAUUUACCAGAUGAUAUUAAUGAAGGACAAGUACAAGUUAAAACUCUUUAUCUUUCUGUGGAUCCUUACAUGCGUUGUAGAAUGAAUGAAGACACUGGCACUGAUUAUAUAACACCUUGGCAGCUAUCUCAAGUCGUUGAUGGUGGAGGUAUUGGAAUUAUAGAAGAAAGCAAACACACAAAUUUGACUAAAGGCGAUUUUGUGACUUCUUUCUAUUGGCCCUGGCAAACCAAGGUUAUUCUGGAUGGAAAUAGCCUUGAAAAGGUAGACCCACAACUUGUGGAUGGACACCUUUCAUAUUUUCUUGGAGCUAUAGGUAUGCCUGGUUUGACUUCCUUGAUUGGGAUACAGGAAAAAGGUCAUAUAACUGCUGGAUCUAAUAAGACAAUGGUUGUCAGUGGGGCUGCAGGUGCCUGUGGAUCUGUGGCUGGGCAGAUUGGCCAUUUGUUAGGUUGUUCCAGAGUGGUGGGAAUUUGUGGAACACAUGAGAAAUGCUUCCUCUUGACCUCAGAACUGGGCUUUGAUGCUGCAAUUAAUUAUAAAAAAGACAAUGUGGCAGAACAGCUCCGUGAAUCAUGCCCAGCUGGAGUGGACGUUUAUUUUGACAAUGUUGGUGGUAACAUCAGUGAUACAGUGAUAAGUCAGAUGAAUGAGAACAGCCACAUCAUCCUGUGUGGUCAAAUUUCUCAGUACAACAAAGAUGUGCCUUAUCCUCCCCCGCUAUCCCCUGCUGUAGAGGCAAUCCAAAAAGAAAGAAACAUCACAAGGGAAAGAUUUCUGGUGUUAAAUUAUAAAGACAAAUUUGAGCCUGGCAUUCUACAGCUGAGUCAGUGGUUUAAAGAAGGAAAGCUAAAGAUUAAAGAGACGGUAAUAAAUGGGUUGGAAAACAUGGGAGCUGCAUUCCAGUCCAUGAUGACAGGAGGUAACAUUGGAAAGCAGAUAGUUUGCAUUUCAGAAGAAAUCUCUUUGUAAUCGCUGUAAAUGUCAUCAAGGCAAUCAUAGAUUUGUUUUCCAUUUUGCAUAUUUUCAAAGAUACGUUAAAAAAUCCUUAGAAUAUACAUAGCUCUUGAUUUAAAUGUGAUCAUAGGUGUUAUUUUUAGUUGCAUAGGGGAUUUUUUACAACCAUUAAUGGAUCAUACACAAUAGGUUUUUAAAAAUUAAUAACUUAGUAAUUACUUUUAUUAAUUUAAAAUAGAACGCUUGAGAGGCACUUUGUAAAGAUUUGUUAAACUGGAAACGUUUUACAUGAUCUGACACAACCAUUAAUGAACCAUACACAAUAGGUUUUUUAAAAUUAAUAUUAAUAACUUUUAUUAAUUUAAAAUAGAAUGCUUAAAAUAAAAUAGAGUGCUUGAGAGGCACUUAGUAAAGAUUUGUUGAACUAGAAAUGUUUUACAUGAUUCUUAAACUGAAACUUGGUGUAAAAAUAGAAUUGAGAUGGCCUUUUUUUCACAUUGUAGACUGAAAAGAGACUUAAUGGUAUGAUGUGUACAUAGGGAUGGGGGACAGGAUUGGGGGUUUCAGAGCUUGUGUAACAGUUUUUGGGAUAGGAGACCAGUGGCUUUGGGUUGGGAUUAGUAUGGGAAGAUAAAUAACUUAGGUUGGUUGACAAGAUUUACUCCAGAGGAUGAUCUCUUUGUAUUUGCCAAAUAAUUUACUGUAUAGCCUAAAAGCUCCAUAUAUAUUGAGAAAAGCAUAUGUUUAUUUUAGGUUAGCAGGCACAUACUGUCAAGUUGUAAAGAUUGGGAGGGCAAACAGAUGUAAACAUCACUUGGAGUUUUCGGUGAUUAAAAAGAUUGACGGCCGGGCCUGAUGUCUCAAGCCUGUAAUCCUAGCACUUUGGGAGGCAGAGGCGGGCAGAUCACUUAAGGUCAGGAGUUUGAGACCAGCCUGGCCAACACGGUGAAACCGCGUCUCUCUAAAAAUACAAAAAUUAGCUGGGUGUGGUGGCACGCGCCUCUAAUCCCAGCUACUUAGGAGGCUGAGGCUGGAGAAUCAUUUGAACCGGGGAGGGGGAGGUUGCAGUGAGCUGAGAUUGCACCAUUGCACUCCAGCCUGGGCGACAAGAGUGAAAUUCCGUCUCAAAAAACAAAAACAGUUGACAACAAAGACAGUUUCAGAAAAUGACAGGACUGGGCAAAUUAACAAAUGUUUGUAAACAUGAAUGUUCAGGAACUACUGAUGUACCUCAAAAGUUUGUUUUAUUAAUUGUACUCAACCCUCACAGAACAGUAAAACUGAAGAUUAUUGUUUCCGAA